AUGAGGCCCUCCCUCGUCGUGCUGCUCCUGGCCUCCCCCGCUUUCUUCGCGCUUUCGGCUUGCGCCCUCGCCUCCUCGCGUCCGGAGCUGUCACCGGGUUUCCACCCCCCGCCGCUAGACUUAGCUGGCCUUUCGCUUCGCUCUAGGCGGCUUGCGUUGGGGCCGCCUCUCUUGGUGAAGGACUUCGAGGAUCUCCACUCACGAAUCUCCGGACUCGCGCCUGCAGAGGAGCACCAUCAUCAGCCGCCUCGACACGAACGACCGGCAGACGAUACUUUCUCCGCACGUGGGAGACUCCCGUCUGCUGCGGCACAUCUCCGUCAAGGACGUGCAGGUUAUCUGUCGCUCGAAAACGCCCAUGGAAACGCUGGAAAACCGAAACGCCUUCCGCUGCGCUACGCCCCUCGAGGCUUCGCUUCCCGCCUGCGGUCGCUCGGGUGUAUAGACAUUGGUGGAACCGAGAGUGCGAGGGAGAAGCGCGAUAGAAACGGACGGCGCGAGCGGUCUUUCUCCUUUUCACGUGUGUCGGGCGUUUUCGGGCUGUGGGGCGGCCUGUUUCUUUGCUUUCUGAGCCGUCGGAACCGCUUCGCUUUCUCGGGGGGGUCGCGCCGCCAACGCCUUGUGUCGCGGCCUCCGUGCAGGAAAGCCGGCCUGCAGCGAGAGGGCUCUUUCGUCUCUCUCCUCCGCUGGUCGGCGGGCGGCGCCAGCCCCUCUCUCUCGUCACGUUCCGCCUGUGGAUCGUUUUGCCUCUCGCCUGCGCCGAGUUCGGCGCCUCUUGUGCAGCGCACUUCGCGUUCUGCGUGCAAAGCGAGCGUUGCCAGACGCGCUUGGCUCCCCUCGUUCGCCGCCGCGCCGUCGCCCUCCCGACUCGCCUCCGCCCGGGACUGGCCUAGCCUCCAUUCGGCGCUGUUUGCGUUCCCAUGGUCGCCCUGCGCAGCCGGGAGGGUGUCUCUGUCUUCUUCUUCGCUGCGCGCGAAGAAGAUUUCGUUUCUCUCUCCCUCUUCGCCGCGCGACGACGAGGAAGGGGUUCGAGAAGACAGCGACCUCUUCGGCGUGUCGCUGUCGGAUGACAUCAGCGCCUUGUCCUCCGCCUCGCUGGAGUCCUUCGCGGAACGACAGAGGCCAGAUGAAGCAGAAUUCUCUCUCUUCGCCGCCACGGACAACGGGAGAGGCGGGGCUGGGGAAGGGACGCGAGGCGAGCCGGACGGCGACGGCGGGGAGGCGCUCGACAGCGCCUUCGCGUCCCUGGCGGAAGAGAGGCGAUCCAAGACAGAUUUCCUGCUGCGUUCAUCCUCUGCGGGCGGCUCGCGGCGGGCGCGGGCCUCUGCUGAGGGCGCGCCGGCGGCCUCUCGCGGCGCGGAUGGUGCAGGCGCGUUCGACGCCUGGACCGCCGACGAGGUGUCUCUGGAGACGGAAGCGAGUCGGCAGAGGCGCGAGCGCGCUCCACGGGGUGGCGGCCGCGCCGAAGACGCCGCGCGGUGGCGACGCGUGGAGGAGGACGGGCGCUUCAGCGUGGGUGACGAGGUGCCUGCGAUCCCUCUGGGGCAGUACUACUACCACAACAUGCCGCUGCCGGCGCCGCCGCCCGAGGACGACGCGCCGCUGCCGUUCCCGAUGGACUUUCUGAGUGAAGAAGAGAAGCAGGAGAUCCGCCGGAUGCCCACCAAGGAAGAACGCGCCGCCGACCGCCGCGACUACUUCGGCUCAGACAACGUCCGUGCCUAUCACCUCUACAACCCCUACUGGACGCCCUAUGAAGAGAGCAACAACAGACCCUCGCACAAUUUGGAGGCAGCAGCCGUCGGCGGGUACGGGCAGAGUCCACGGCGACCGAUGCGCGAAGGCGACAUGGUGCAGCCCUCCGUGCCGUUCGGGUGGCGGGUCUACGCGGCCGUCUGCUUGGCGAAGCUCCCUCUCCUUUUGUCGCACUACGAGGCGGAGACAGAGCGCCUGCUGGGGGAGGAGAAACGUGUCUUCCAAGAGAAGUCGCUCCGCGAGAAGCUCGCGCGGAAGCCCGAGGACGACGUCAUGGCCUCGUUCUCCCCGGCGCCGCAGCUGCCGCUUCCGCACCCGCCGUACGACAUCUGGGAGACGUCGAUUCAGCCGCGUCUGCAGCUGCCGUUUCUCGUCUGGGCGCGCCUCUCGUCGCGCCUCUGCAACGCCUCCGCUAAGAUGCUGGAGGUCUUCCGCCUCGUCGCGAUGGAGAAAGAAAAACGCGAGGCGCGCUACGCCUUCCAGCGCACCGGAAAGGGCAUGGCCCUGGGCGACUACUUCAUCUUCGCGGCGCCGACUCUGCACCACGCUGUGCGAUUUCUCAGAACCAAUCCGAAACACAAAGCAGGGAUGUAUCGCGAGGGUCAUCUUUACGAGUUGACAGACGCGACCGCGGAGCACGUUCUGCUUGGAAAAGGCGAGCGACGCAGCGCAGAGAGAGACGCGCUCUAUCUGUCUCUCGGCUUCUUCGCGCCGCCGCCCGUCCGCGAGCCGUGGCUCCAGUCCGAAGCAGGCCAACGCGAGGCGUGGCGCAGCGAGGAGACUAGUGCCUCGCGUCUUUCUGCGGAGCCGCGUGCGGGGGCCUCCGAACUUCAGCCUGCGUCUGCGCAGCCGCAUGUCGAAGCCGCUGAACUUCCGCUCACCGAUUCCGAUUUGUCUGCCGCGGCGUCCUCCUCCUCUGCAGCUCCAUUUUCUCCCAGCACCCUUCCCUCUGCUCGCUGUGCGUCGCCGUCGUUUUCCUGCGCGUCGCCUUCCGCGUCGUCGCCGUAUGCGGCGAUGCCCGAGCGGUCGCCUGCCUUCGAGCUCCUGCAGGAGAAGCAUCUGCGCUUUCUCUGUCGCAGCAACUGCGUCGAGCGCCGCUCCUUCCUUUCCUUCCCGCGCCGUGACGCGAUUGAGAGUCUCCUGCUCCCCGCCGAGCAGCUUCUGCCGAUGACGCCUGAGCAGCAGGCACGCGUGUAUGCGCGCUGGAAGCGAAGGACGCGAAAGGCCCGCGCGGCGGCCGUUGCGGCGGAGGCGGUUGUCCGCGCUCUCGAGUCCUCCAUGCUGUCGCCGUCUUCGACCCAGGACGUGCCCCUCCUCGAUGCCGAGAGCCUCGGCGGCGCGCAGGCAAAGCAGCGCCGCACUGAGUCAGCGUCGCGUCGCCUCGCCGCCUGGGAGGCGGCGACUACUGCGUCCCCGCCGAAGGACAACCGCAGUCGGUUCCUCUUUUUUACCGUUCAGCAGAUCGUGGAGAAGGCGCUCACUCUGCACCCGGCGCUGGCGGCCGAGAGCGGCGCAGCCGCAGCUCCACCGGAGGAGGCGACCGCAGUCAGCUUGAACGCGGGAGAGCUCGAGGACCUCGCGCGAAGGCUUUUCGAGGCCAAGGAGAAAGCUGCCUCACACCGCCUUUCCAGCCAAGCAGCAGAAGCGGAGGCAGACGCUCCGCUGGCCUCUGAACGCUUCCUCCCGCGAGUGCCUGGCGCCCCGAGCGCCAGCGAGCACGGAAUUGAGGAGAGUCGCCUCCGGAAGCGAAACAGCAAACGAACAGAAGGCGACAGCGUGGCUGGGCAGGACGAGACAGCGAGCGACAGACGCUUCCUGGAGAGGGCGAAUCAAGACGAGGGGCCUGCCUUACAAGAGACCGCGCGCGAGAGAGACCGAGGGGUGGGGCCGGCGGACGAAGGCGUAUGGACUCUUAGUCAGCCGAAAAGUGCAGCAGAAAAAGAAAACUUUGACAUUUCAGUCAGCGCGGCUGCGGCGCUCGUUCUUGGGCUUGUCGCGGGCGACGACGGCCAAGGCGGCUCGGUGGCUGUCGCCGAGGAGAUCGCGAGUCUCGGCUUCUCCGCCCAAGCCGCUGGCGACACGAGCAAAGAGCCUCACCAAACGGCCGAUGCGCAGGCCGGCGGCGAGCUACAGCCAGCGCCAGAGGUCACCGCGCACGAAGAACUCGCACGCGACGGAGACCAAGCAAAGGACAGAGGGGCAGGAGCGGACGAGACCAGGAGGCGAAAGAGCGGGGAGCCUCAAGGGGAAGAGUCUCUCCGCGCCGAGCCCCAGCAGCAGGCCUCUGUGUCGCGUCGAGGCCCGCGCGCUGGCGGCAUCUCGGCGCCUUCGGCUGUCCCCUUUGCGUUCACGGACGCGUCUUUCUCUGCGUUUUCUUCCUCCGUGGCGUCGCUUGUCUCCAUCGCCACCUCUGCCAUCUCUGCGCGCCUGCGCGAAGAUGCGCAGACCGCUGCCGCGCGCUCCCAAGAGCUCCGCGCGCUGCAGAGUUCCUCGCUGUGGCUCGACGCAGACAACCCGCACAGUCCCCUGGCGGUGGAGAGGCGCGCGGCGCUGGAGGCGCUUUUGUUUUUCGCCGAAGACGACGAGGAGGCGCGAGACUUUGCGCGGCGGCUGCCGUAUACGCGCGGCGGCGUUUACCGCUCGCUGUUUCUGGCGCAGGCCGUUAAAGUUGACUUUUACGGCAAGGCGAGGGAGAUGCUGAUGCCGAAUCCGCGCCACACCAAGCUGUCUGAAGGCGAGGGCGAGCUGGAAGUCGACGAAGAAGCCUACUGCUCUGAGAAACUCGACUUGGCAGACAUGCUGAUCAAGAAGAUGAAUGUCACCGAAGACGCCGCUCACGACCUUGACAGUCCGUUCUACUGCGAAUACCUCAAAGACUGGGCCUUCCUCCACUUGCCUGAGGGGCAGUACUUCUCCGAGCCUUUCCACGUCACAGGCCAAGACGAAACCGGCGACAUCCCCGACCCCCCCAUGCUGACAGCGUUGGCGGCGAACCGCGUGGAUGGCCAGCAGCGGGACUACCGACCGGGCGUGUGGCUCUACAAGCCCGAGACGAAGAUUCUGUACAACGACACGGAGACGGGCGCCCUCUUGAUUGGGAGCGGCUACGACGGGACGUACGCGUGGGACCGACCCGUGAGCAACACCACCAUGACGCGGGCGAUGAUUCUGAUGGAAAUGGCCGCGGAGCACGUGCGCAAGGGGCACUUCACCUGGACGGAUGACCACUGGAGCUACACCUCGAAACGGCCCAACCUCGAGACGCACAUGUCCCCCGAGGAGGAGGCGCGCAUGAAGUGGGGCCUCGAGGACUUUGACCUCGAUCCUGACGACGUCAAUCCCGGCGACCACAUUCCUUCAGGAAUGGAGUACCUCGACUCGCAGUUGCUGAAGGGCCGCCCGCCGGAGUACCAGAAGCUGGUUGAGGAUCCGGAUGUCGCUCACAACGUCCACCAAGACUGGCUCAGGAGAGUCGACCGUGGCGAAGCGACGCUGAACGAGGAUCCGUUCCGCCUGUCUCCCGAGCAAAUCGACUUGCGCGACAAGUUCAAAUCGCUCAAGGACCUCCAGGACGACGAAGACCUCCCCGAGGUGAACUUGUGGAGCGACGACGGAGACUAA